CGUAGGGUCACGUGAAAAACGGUAAGCGUUGGUGAGUUCCGAUAUCGUUAUUCCGAUUCAUAGGCCACUUCGGAUCGUGAUCGCGACGGGGUGAAGCGGUAAACCGACACUCGAUCUGCCGAAAAUAGAAAAUAUAUCUAUUUCACUGGGGACAACCUGUUCUACAUCCUUGUAUGAGCUGUCACUUGGCAAUGGUGAUGGGCCUGUGCGGUCAACACACCCAUGUGAAAUUACAAUUGAAUUAUACGUAUGGACAGUAAUCACUUCAGUGGUCCGGAAUCACACCACACGUUGUGUGAGCAUUAUCAUACCCAACCUCUUAUAUACACUUCUACCAACGUCAAAGUCUGUGACAUCGAGGAUGACGUUAAAGAUGAACUUAAAAAAUUUAGAUUCAGAAGGAACAAGAGUAAUGCAGCACUGAUUCUAAAAGUAGAUCGGGAAAAGCAGAAGAUUUGCAUUGAUGAAUUAUUGGAGGUAAGUUCUCUGUCUUGGGAAAAACUGACUAGUUGCACAUCUAGGAUUAUUUUCCAGGACAUCAAAAUCGAUGAGCUUCAAGAAUCACUGCCUGGUCAUCAGCCCAGAUAUAUAGUAUACAGUUACAAAAUGGAGCACGCUGAUGGAAGAUUAUCUUACCCAAUGUGUUUUAUUUACUACACUCCUCGGGACAGCCAAAUUGAAUUGCAAAUCAUGUAUGCGGGCACCAAGUUAGCACUUCAAAAAGAAGCUGACUUGACAAGAGUGUAUGAGGUACGUGAGUUGGACGAACUCACCGAAGAGUGGCUUAAAGAAAAACUGAACAAAUAAUUGAAUAAAGUACAGAUAAUAUGACAAACCUCAACUUUCUACUUAAGAUCUAGAUAUUUCUUGAGAGUUUGUCUUAACACCGAAUAUAUGGGAACUCUGAAGAUCUAAGAGUUGAAAGCAGUUUACUGUUGGAAUAAGUUCUCAACCAAAAUUCAGAAUUUUACAUAUAGGAUGUAAUAUUUUUGCCAAAGUAGUUUGCUUUUUUACUGUCAUUCCAAAUUGAAUUAAAAUAUUCCGUCAAGCCAAAA